UAAGUUUCCAGCGUCUCUUCCUCCUGAACUGAACAAACACACCAAACAGUCCAGUGAAAUAACCUGGUGGGCUCUGACCCCUCUGAUCAUCCUGUGGUUGAUCUGGAUGUAAUGUGAUAAAGGGGGACUGGACAGAAAACAGACACUGGCGCUCCUGCUCCUUGCCUCCGUCUCCUCCCAUCUCAUAAUUUCCUUACUUCAUCCACCACCUCCCCACCUUGCAGCUCUGUCCACGUCUCUUUCUGUCUAAUAUCACCGUCAUCCUUUGUUCCCCUGACUGUUCCUGCUCAAUUUUUACUGUCCACCACAGGAUAGUUGAAUCUUUUUUUGUUUUGUUAAGACAUCCAAUCCUUCCGUUUAACAUGCACGUCUACUAAACCCACUCUUCCGUCUUUGUGACUAUUAUUUGCUCCUGUAACAUUUAGCCUCGACGCCCUCUUCUUUCCUCUGCGCCUGCGCCGAGCCCGACCGUGAGAUCAGAAUGUGGUCAAACUACUUCGUACAGCCGGACGACGACGGUCGCAUCGGCGUGGCAGGGGUCGCACAAGGUGGGGGUUUGGGUGGGAUGAAAGGCGGGAGGGUACAGCGGAGGAGCCAAAAGAUAAGCGACAGCCUGGAGGGAAAGAUCAAGCUGGCCUUCUUUGUGGCCAUCGUUGGAGUGACCCUGACGGUGCUGGGCGUGGGGACAGAGUUUUGGGUGGAGCUGGCCCAAUCAAAGAACUUCAGCGGAAACCAGACCUGCCAGAUGGCCCAUUACGGCCUGUGGAAGGGCUGCAUCCACACCCUGUGGGUGGCCGACAUAGACCCAGAGAGGACGAGCUGUGGCCCCGCUGAACUACCCGGAGAAACCAACUGCACCUACUUCAAGUUCUUCACCUCUGGGGAGAAUGCAGUCAUAUUCAAGAAGACAACUGACAGGAAGCUGAAUCUAGCAGCAGCCGUCUUGGCCCUGCUGAGUUUGACCAUGAUGGUGAUGGGCUCCAUCUGCAUCGCCAUGUCCCUCAACAAAGGAGUCCUCUUCUUUCUCAAGCCGGCCUCCUUCUGUUUCAUCCUAUCAGGUGUUCUGGUCCUUCUCUCGAUCCUGAUAUUCCACCAGUCUGUGCUGUCCUUGCUGUCCACUGACCACUCUGUACCGCUGCACCACGAGCUGUCAUGGUCCGUGGCCUGCGUGGGCUCAGCGGGAGCCAUCCUCAUUUUCGGAGGUUUCCUCUUCAUAAUCCUCUCCCUUCCUUUCAGCCCCUGGCAAAAAUGUUGGCCUCACAAGAACAACACCACCUAGCAGUUAUAGACGCGGGAUCCUUGAUUUCUUAUUUGAGAGCAAGUGGAAACAAAUGCGUUUCUGGAGGCCGUGACUUUACUUGUACUCUGAGUAUUUACCUUGACAGAGAAGUCAUACAUAAGUCUUAAUAAAAGGUAUGAGGAGAAGUCAGCAAUAUUUAAGUGAGAAAAUGUACUAAAAUUGUUUUAGUGUUUAUUUGUUUUUCGGAAAAUAGAUGGAGGAAGCAACAGAGCAACUGGUGACUAUUGAGUUGUGUUUACUAUACAAGUGUCACAAAUGGGCUUGUUAGUCUGCACCUGUACGUCCUUCUGCUAGAAUUAGUUGAAUAAAUAAAAAUGUAUAAACGCUCAAACACCCA